GCUACCACCAACCCAUCCCCUUCUCACAAAAUUUGUAUAAAUAUCUUUUGAUUUUAAUUUCUUUUUUCGGUUUCAAUUUUCCCAUUUCUUCUUCGUCGUGAUUUUUUUUUAUUUUAUAAAUGAAAUCCAAAAUGGGUUCUUCAUAUUCUUCCUCUCUUCUUCUGUUCUUCUAUAUAACAGCCUUUUGUUCUAUACGCUGCGUUCUGUGUUCUUCUAUUUGCUCGCAUGAAGCUGAUGUGUUCAUUAAAAAUAUUAACUUUCAAUGCUCUCCUUCGAUCUCUCCAAUUCCCUCGCUGAAGGUUAAUGGAGAUUUCCUUGACAGAGCAUUGACUUCACAGCAAAAUGGUUACACUUCUGUGCUCUUUUAUGCUUCGUGGUGCCCAUUUUCUCGCAGUUUGCGACCAAAAUUUGACAUUCUGAGUUUCAUGUUCCCUCAAUUAGAGCAUUUGGCAGUCGAACAGUCUUUGGCUUCACCAAGUAUAUUUUCGAGGUAUGGAAUUCAUACCUUGCCUUCAAUUUUAAUUGUGAACCGAACAUCAAGGGCAAGAUACAGUGGACCAAAAGAUCUCCACUUAAUUGUUCAAUUUUACGAGAAAACAACAGGAUUUGAACCCGUUCAAUAUGUUGCCGAAAAAGAAUCCAAUGUAUCUGGAGACCAGGAUAAAUGUGUAAUAAGGAAUGGCUCGUCAGUGAUGGAGAUAGUAAAACAGGAGCCCUACUUGGCUUUUGCUUUGUUAUUUCUCUGUCUGAGAGUAUUUUCACUCGUACUCCUGGAAGUACUUUCUCGUCUCAAGGCUCUCUGGGUUUGCUACGCUCCGCAGUUAAACUUGGAAAUAUUCAGUGAAACGAGUCAACUGUUUGUAAGAGCCCUUCACAUGGUCGGUGUUCGGAGAGUUUGGACCAAACCGAGGCUAUGCAAGACCCGGAAUUUUCAGCAAGGUGCGAAGAGUGCCCGUGUUUGGGCGUCUUCUCUAGCAUCUGUCUCUUUGGGAGAAUCUUCUUCGGCUAGAUCAUCAUCAUCAUCCUAGGUUGGAGUUUUACGGAACUGAGCCAUACCAAAAAAGAACUCAUCUAUCAGGUAAUGUGUUACGAACCGCAAUGAUGCUUUUGGACACACAAUCUCUUCUAUCUCACUGAUGUAAGCUUUGUAGUGCAUGUCUUGAUAUACCUAAAGCUGUUGACAUUGAUUGAGUUGGGUUUUUCUUUUUGGUAUUUUCCAUUGGAGGAGACUAACCGGCAUGUAAAUCUGAGAUCAUCUGUGGUUUCCUUUUGUGUAUAUUACAUUUUUUUAGGAGCAGCAUAUCUACUUUCAUACUUCACUGGAAUGCAAGCUUUACUUUAAAA